GGAAGAUUUUUAUUUUAUUUUUCUCAUAGCUGGUUUUCAUCUAUGUGGUUUAGAGACAGUUGACAUAUUUUUUUGACCUUUGCAUUUUCAAAGAGCGACAGUGGGUUUUGCACUGCUCCAUUCACUUUUGUUAAAUCAUGUCGUCUGACGAAGAAGAUCUCGAUCUGAACGAUGACACCAUUUCGCAAAUGGACACGGUGACAGACGACGGUGGAGAAGAAGUGAUAGAUCUUCCUAUGCCUUCACCUGCACCACAGCAGCAGUCAACCGACGACGCGCCACCCAGUCGUCGUAUCAACCUUCGCUUGAAUCUUGCUACGCUGACUUGCCACUCAUAUGACUGCAUUCCCCACGUAGCCGCUAUUCACCCGUUUCCGAUUUACAGUUUAGCAACGACAAAGUGUUUUCGAUGGGUACUCACAGGAUCUGAGGACGGAUAUAUACGGAAAUGGGACUUUUUUGCUUCCAUGAACGGAAAGGCGAUGCUGACCCAAGCGCAAAGGCAUCAACAUGUGGAUUCUGUCACGAUGGCAGGCGUGAUGAGCUCAUGGUGGGAAAAUGAAGAAUGGCCAGUAGUGGCACCCACCUCAGCCGAGAAUAUUGUCAAAUCAGAAACUGGCGAAACGAUCACGAAUGUACCCAGUCAGCCAGAAACAACGGGCAAAUUGUCACCUGUGUACAGUUUAGAUAUGCAUUCGGAAGCAUUGUGGGCACUGCAAGGCAAUGAAAAUGGAAAUAUCAACCUUGUCACUGUCCGUCACGAUGAGGGUAAAUGUCAUCAUGUACUACGGAAACACACAGCGCCAGUAUCCGUUUUAAACAUCACCCCCGAUGAAACCGGUGUCAUCAGUGGAUCAUGGGAUAAGACCGUUCUGGAAUGGGAUCUCAAUACGGGUGCUGUCAUCCGAACCUACGGAGGUUACAGUUCGCAGCUGUCAUCCGCCGCUUUUCAACCAGUAUUUACUCCUUAUGAACCUAAUCCUUCAGAACCGACGGACAAAAGUACCGUCGAUACCACCUCCACCCCGGCUUCUUCCCAAGAUACAGAUCCGUCGCUCAUGAACGAUCGAAAAAAUCCAAACAUGUUACUCACCACCAGUAUUGACGGACAAUGUUUCCUGUGGGAUCGUCGAGAACCCGACAAAAACGCACGACGUUUAGGAUUGCCGGAAAAGACACCUCCCUGGUGUUUAUCGGCAUGUUGGAGUACAGAUGGUACCAAGAUCUAUGCAGGCCGCAGAAAUGGCACAGUGGAUGAAUGGGAUUAUGCAUCUCAGAAACACAUUCGAUCGUUCCGCAUGCCGGCUAAUUCAGGUCCAGUGUCGUAUGUGACCAGCAUGCCUAAUGGCAAUCACAUCAUUUGUGCUUCGAACGAUAACAUUCGUUUAUGGAAUACCACCAUUGAAUCCUCGUUUGUCACAUAUCCUGAUUCAGACAGGUCUUCGAAACCCUCAUCAUCCACCAUUCCCUUUACAAUCUUACCCGGUCAUCAUGGAGGUUGCGUUUCACAUAUUUGUAAGUGAUACUUGUAUCAUAACCGAAAAAGGAUCGAUGGCUGACAUAAUUGUAUACAGCAAUUGAUCCGACCUGUCGUUAU